UAUUAGUUAAAAGAGAAUCAUAGACAAAGAUAGACGAGAUUAGGAUAAGUGCGGAUGUGUAAAUAAAUAAAUAGAAUUAACGAUUUAUGUACAACUUUUAAUACAUAUAAAAGAAUAUAAUUUUAAUGCAUAAAAAACAAGUUGAAAAUAAAUGACUAAUAUAUUUAAUUGAUAGUAGAAAUGAAAAACUAAUAAAUGAACAAACAAAAAAACUACAAAGUUUUAGAACGCUAAAGUGAAAUUUGUGUGAGAGAAGCAAAAAAGAAUAAUAAACAAAAAUGGAGUGGAAAGUGUUGAUGCCAGCUAAACAAUAUUAUUUAUUUGUUUGCCUUUUAAUUACUUUAGUGGUAGUGACCAAUGCCGGUGUACCACGUUCCAGUUAUGAGGCCUUAUUAAGACAACAAUCCGAAGAAUUGGGUUUAUACAAUGCCACCGACAAGGUUCGUAUUCUCACCAAUGUCAAUUUCAAAAAUGAGGUCUUGGACAGAAAUCAUUCCAUAUUGGUAGAAUUCUACAAUAGCUAUUGUGGUCAUUGCCGCAAAUUUGCUCCGGCCUACAAGCAAUUGGCUGAAAAACUAUACGAUUGGCGAGAUGUUUUGCCAGUAAGUGCCAUAGAUUGUGCAGUCGAUGAGAACAAUGGCAUAUGUCGAGAGUAUGAGAUUAUGGCGUAUCCCACUUUGAGAUAUUUUGGUCCUGCCUAUCAGCCACAAGCUGAUAACUAUGGUAAAUCUAUAUCAUCCCAAGAUUUAGGCGUUAUAACCAACAAUUUGGCUCAGUUUAUAGCGGCUGAGAAUAAAACUAGUAAUAUGUCUUCCUGGCCAGAUUUACAAGCUGUACAAACAGCUAGUGCUUCUGCUUUGUUUGAGGGUUUGGACAGUAUGAAAAAAUAUGUGGUUUUGGUAUACGAACCAGAAAAUUCUACAGUGGGUGUGGAAACUAUCUUGCAUUUCUUAAGAUAUCCCAACAUAGCGGUGAAAAGAAUUACCGAUCCGGAGUUGGCAGCCAAAUAUCAAAUAGAUGUCACCAGAUAUAAAAUCGCUACCGUUAAUCGCCAGGGUUCCAUAGUGCCCUAUGCUCCGCUGCAUGAACUUUCUGAUUCCUAUAAAGAAACCAUUCAAUCUUUCCUUACCUCUCAACAUAUAACCGAAAAACCGGAUACAAAGGCUGACGGCACCACGGCCAAAGUUUUACAUGGCACUCCCGAACAAAAUACUAAACUAAUGGAAAUAAUCGAGGAAGUUAAACGCAACAAACAUCUCGUCUAUCAGGCCGAUCUCGAAAUGGCCAUACGCAAUACUCUGCACAACGAAAUACCUAAAUCUUCGAAUAUAAAUGGAGAAAAACUAUUGGCUUUACAACGUUUUCUAGCCGUUUUGGAGCGCUAUAAUCCCUUGGGCUCUUCGGGACGUACGCUAAUAUCUCAGCUAGCCACCUUUGUUUCUAGUCAUAAUCAAGAGUUGGCGGGCGAAGAUUUUGAAGUGGAACUUAAGAAAUUGGAAAAGCAAUUGGGACCAAUUUAUUCAGCUACACAUUUUGUCGGUUGUACUGGUUCGCAAAGUGGCUUAAGAGGUUUCUCUUGUUCGCUAUGGCAACUGUUUCAUUUUAUGACUGUACAGGCAGCAAAUUUGGACAAGAGUCAAGAUCCUCUAGAGGUAUUGCAAGCCAUGCAUGGUUACAUUAAAUAUUUCUUCGGCUGUACCGACUGCUCUGAACAUUUUCAGGCAAUGGCUGUAAGACGUAAAAUCUGGAGUGUACCCAGUAAAGAGGAAGCUAUACUUUGGUUAUGGGCUGCUCAUAAUGAAGUCAAUCAACGUUUAGCUGGUGAUGCCACCGAAGAUCCUAAAUUUCCUAAAAUACAAUUUCCCUCUGUCAGCAGUUGUCCUCAAUGCUAUAAACAGCCUGAAUCACACUCAACUGCCAAUUUAGAAGAGAAAUGGGAUAAAACACAUGUUUUGCAAUUUUUGAAAAAUAUACAUAAUCCUGAAUAUGUCUCACGUUAUGGUUUGGAGAAAGAACAGCUGCUGCAACCAACUCUAGAGAAAUUGAGACAAAAACGCAUGAUUAGUAAUGUAUUCUCGGAUAUGGAUAUGCGCAUGGGUAUGCUGUUGUAUGGCUUUUGUAUUGUCAUGCUGGUGGUGGCCUUUAAAUUAUUCGCUUUUAAGGGCAGUUAUCGCAAGAAACCUUAUGGUCAUGAUAUGUUGGGUAAAGUGUAAUAUAUUUAAGUUUAAUUAUCAUGCUUCCAGGUUAAUUUUUAAAAUUGUUAUACACGAAAAAAAAGACAAGAAUUUUUUGGACAAAGGUGAAAAAUUCGCAGUUUCCAUUUUUUUAACAAAACUUCUCUAUUCUAAUUCCAAUUUUACUUUUUUUGUACUAAUGUAUAUAUACAUAAGUUUAAAUGUGUUAUAGUUUACAUUUAAAUAUAAUUUAACAAAAAAAACUCUU